UCUGCCAGAAUCCUGUGCGACGGGGAAAGUCAACAAAGUAGAGGAUUCACACAGGUUUUCCUCGCGUGUAUUUUUGUCACUCCUGCUUCCCGUGACAGUUGAGCCAUGCCUCCCACUCACGACUGGAUUAACGACCCGCUGGGUGUGGUGGAGGGGAUGUUCGCUGCUUCCCAGAGCAGUCCGAGUUCAGGAUGGGAGGCGAAGGUGGUGGAGUUUUUCAAAGAGCAGCUGAAGGAGAAAGAAGCCCAGAUUCUGGUCCCGUCUCUGAACGACGUCCCUCUGCACUACCUGAAGCCCGACAGUCUGGUGAAAUUCCGCUGUUUGGUCCAGGACAUGUUCGACCCGGAGUUCUUCAUGGGAGUCUACGAGACAGUCGACCUGGCCACCAACGCUAGAACGCUGCGGUGUGGCAAAUACAAAGACGUGACAGAGUCUGGGGUGGACGUAAACUCCAGAAGCACGGUGACUGCAGAGAGACAGACGUUCUACUGUGUUCCCAUCCCUGGAGAGAAUCAGUGGGCCAAGGACGGCUUCGCGGAGACGACGAGUAACCAGGGCCGGGUGGUUCCCUCCACGUCGUACGUUCCCAGCAGACAGAAGCGCAGCUACGAGGAGGACGAGGAAAUGGAGGUUCAGCCACAGAAACAGAAGGAAACGCAUGCAGCUUCCACGGGCGCGGCCGACACGCACGGAAACGGCGACUGUAAGCGUCAGGAGACGGAGGCUCCCUGCGGCCCGGCGGCGUCCGCCUCCCACCUGGACCUGAACUUCCCGCUGCCGGGCGAGAAAGGCCCGUCCUGCUUGGUGAAGGUGUACGAGGACUGGGACCGCUUCAAACUGAACGACACGCUGCAGGUGUACGGCAUCCUGUCGGUCAGCCCCGCGCUCAGCGCUCUGGCCGAUGAGAAGGAUUUGUUUCUGGACCCGGCUAUCGGCCUGGACUCGGCGGCGGAGCAGCGGGUCCACAGCCCGCCGGCGUCUCUCGUCCCGCGCCUCCACCUGCUCCACGCCGAGCAGCUGGAACACAACAACCCGCUGCUCCCCGGCGCCGCCCUGCAGGAGAACGGCGCCUUUUUGUCGUCGGCUCUCGGGGAGAUGGCCGCCGUCCGGGCCGAGCUGCUGUCGUACUUCACCCACGUCCUGCUGGGCGACGCUCUGGCUGCAGAGUUCCUGCUGCUGCACCUCCUCUCCAGCGUGUACUCCAGGCGAGACGUUCUGCCGCUGGGAAAGUUCACCCUGAACCUGAGCGGCUGCCCCGCCGCCGCCGCCUUCACCCAGCGCCUCUACCAGAUCGUCCAGCAGAUCGUCCCGUCGUCGUUCUACCUGGCGAUGAGCCUCCAGAACUUGAACCAGAUGCGGCUCGUUCCCAGGAAGGACUAUGUGGCCAACCGGCUGGUGAGCGGCGCGCUGCAGCUGGCCAGCAGCACCUCCCUGUUCCUGGACGAAACCCAGCUGGAGCCGGGGCAGUUGGACGCCACGGGUGUGCGUAACGUGACGGCGCUGGGGAACCUGAUCACCUGGCAGAAGGUGGAUUAUGACUUUAACUUCCACCAGAUGGAAUUCCCCUGCAAUAUUAACGUGCUGAUCGCGUCGGAGGGACGCUCGCUGCUGCCGUCCGACUGCCACAUACACCUGCAGCCUCAGGUGGCGCCGCCCCACCUGGAGGAAUACCUGAGCAGCAUCCACAUCCAUCCGCAGGCCUCAUCGCAGCUCAACAAGUUCAGAGUCUUCCUGAGCCUCGCUCGGCUGCUCGAAUACAGCAUCUCAGACGAAGUGACAAAGGCGGUUGAAGAUGACUUCGUCGACAUGAGGAAGGACGACCCACAGAGCAUAUCUGCAGACGACCUGCACCGGAUGCUGGUUGUUGCUCGGCUGCUGUCGCUGAGUUUGGGUCAGACGUCGCUGUCCAGAGACAGCUGGCUCCGAGCCAAACACAUCGAGACGCUGCGACGGAGCCGUAUGGAGCAACAUAAGAGCGUCAACGGCAACGAGCCCUGAUCACAGCCACUUCCCUUUUUGUUUUGAUAUGUUUGUAAUAAAGACGUUUUUUAGGUGCCCUUCAAGUUGAAAUGUUUUUGUAUACUAAACUGGAAAUAAAAUUUAGAGAUGUGU